UCUUAAAUAUGAGGUAUCCACAAGGCAACUGAGUAUGAAAGGCAACAACUCUCUAGUCCUCUGCUCUUCUCCUCACGUAUGAACAUAGAAAGGAAGUGAAAAAAAAAAAAAACUAGCCAUGAUAUCUUUGCAAGCAACACUCUCCAGUAAGGAAAAGAAACCUGCUUCUUUAAUGGAAAUAUCCUCUAAGAAGAAGAGAAAGAGAGAAGAAGAAGAGGAUAAAGGAGGAGUCCAGCUGACAAAUGAUUCUUUCAUCGAGCUCAGCCUUGAGACGCCCUUGCCUUUGGAGUGGCAGCGAUGCCUGGACCUUAAGUCAGGAGAGAUACACUAUUACAACACCAGGACCAAGAGAAGAGCAUCCAAGGAUCCAACAAGCCCUCUCCAAGGCUUAGACCUGGAGCUGAGCCUCAUGUGCACUGAACCAUCAGAAAUCCAUGGCUUGGAUUUGCAGGAGCCAUCAUCCCCUUCAAUUGUUGUUGUAGAUGCUUCUGAUGAACAGGAGAUGGUGGCGAUGGUAUGCGGGAGAUGCCACAUGCUUGUCAUGAUGUACAAGUUGUCGCCUUUGUGUCCUAAUUGCAAGUUUUCAAACUCGCCGGGGCCUGCAACUGGGAAAAUUAUUGGGUGUGGCGUUUGAAUUUGUUCAGAGACGAAUUCGGAAGUGCCACGUCACUAUGGGUCUGGUGCAUCCAGGUGAUGUGGCGAGUCCGGAUUUGUCUCCGGGCGGUUCGGAUGGCGCACGCAAUAAUAUGUCUUGCAAGUGAGCCCGAAUCAGGGCUAUUGUCUUGGUUUGAUUGUUAGUCAGCUGUGUAAAUUUUUAAGUUGGGUUAUAAUGGAGAAGUUGAGCUGUAAGGAGAAAGGAUAUUUUGAAGAAGUAAGAAGAAAGGGAAGAUGUAAUUACGCUUAUAAUGAGAUGGAUGUAAUGGUGAUGUUUAUAUGGAUAUAUAGAGUAGCAAUGAAGGUUAGAAAAAAAAAAAAAAGAACAAUAGACUUUUUUAUCCUU